AUGGCGGAUUAUUCGACUAUAUUUGCACCUUUUGUCGAAUUAUUCAACCAAGGACAAGUCCAAACGAUUCUAUUAGCAUGGCUUCCAACAAAGCUUGAACCCUUUCUGUCUGGUAUAAUGGCGGUCGACAUGUUUCUUACUGGUGCUGCUGCCACCGGUCUGACCGCUCUUCUUAUUGCACUUUACACUCUCUCUCUGCAAUUGUGGAACGGUCAAAUCGGUUACAAUAAUCGCGUUACCGUCCAAAUCGAAUAUUACAUCACCGGCACGUGGGGCGAUCAAUAUACUUCCAUAUUUUACGAAGCGCUGUCAUGGAUAAUUAGCAAACAAACCAAGAGCUUGAACAAAGGCUCCUUUAUCGUACAUCCAACUAACGACGACACAAAUGCUAAUGAUGACGAGUGUGUUCCUCCUGGUUUUAUUAUCCUACCAGAGAAAGAUCAGCAAGUAACAAUUGAAUACAACAAGAGGAAAUUCAACGUGACUUACACUAUGCCCGAAGCCGAGCAAACCAACAAUGAAAACAGCAAUCGAAACUCAGACUCGGCAAAACCAAUGCCUUCAAUCUUUUUGACUACCGUUGAAGAAACUCGUACCGACGUUGAUUACAUCACUGAAUUCCUGAACGAAAUCACCCACUGCUACCUGGAAGACCAAAGGAAGAACAGAAUCAGAUCAAGAUACGAACGAAAUGGUUCAUACUGGUACAGGGUGCAAGCAUUAUCCUCAAACCGCGGUCUAGACACUGUUGCAUUGGAUAAGAAAGAGGAAGAGUUGUUGAGACAGGAAAUUGAAGCUUUCACCACUGAUAAAGACUUUUAUAUGAGGAUAGGGAUGCCUUAUAGACGUGGUAUAUUGCUCACUGGUAAACCUGGUACUGGGAAGACUUCCCUCGUAAAUGCCAUUUCCUCCCAACUCUCACGAGAUCUCUACUAUGUCAAUCUCAAAAACAUAACAAGCGACAACGAAUUGAGUGCAACAUUCAGUUCAGUUCCAGCCAAUCAGAUCGUCGUACUCGAGGACGUCGAUGCGCAGUCGAAGGUGAUCCACAAGCGUAGCAAACGUUCUAGUGAUUCCGACUUGGCAAUCAUGUCGAUAACCGCAGGGCCUAAAGAAAAGGAUAAACCUAAAAUCGACGGUCUUUCUUUAUUCAGUUUGUCCACUUUUCUCGGUUGUCUAGACGGUCACAUCAUUGCCGAAGGUAUAAUAAUAAUAAUGACAACUAAUCACGUCGAGUACCUCGAUCCUGCCGUAAUCCGACCCGGUAGAAUGGACUUGAGACUUGAACUUGGAUAUUCAUCACAUUACCAAAUACAAAAGAUGUAUCGCAGUGUCGUCGAAGAUGAGACGAAAAGUUUCCCUUCGGACGUAAUGGCAAAAAUUCCAGAAGGACUGUUGCCACCUUGUGAGGUUAUGAUGACGAUGGUACUUUACCGCAAAGAGCCGGAAAUAAUUCCGGUGAAGAUAUACGAGUUGGUAGACAAAUACUUGAAAAAGUCGACUGAUGAAAAUGAUAAAGAUGAAGAUAAAAUAGUAGAGGAAAACACAGUCGCAGAAGUUGAAGAAUCAAAGAAAGAUGAAGAAACGAAAAACGAGGAUAAGAAGGAUGAGGAAAAGAAGGAUGAGGAAAAGAAGAACGAAGAAGAGAACAAGGAUGCGGCGGAUGCACAAGUCAAACCGAACGAGGCUGUGGCAACUGUCAGCAAAAACACAAAGACUGUCACUACAAAAAUCCUAAUGCAUAUUAAAAUCUUGAAUGAUGACGAUUCAUUGUCAAAGGACGAAGACGUUAUUGUAAAUAAGAUUGAAGAUACAUCUACAACAAACACCGAAAUUUCCGAUGCGGAUAGCACAACAGACGUUGAAGACAAUGUGAAAACAAAAGACAAUCAGAUUUCUAAUGUGUCGAUACAAACAAUUACAGUAGAAGCAUGA